AUGGCAGCCUACUGCAACAAAGUCCGCAAGCUCAAAGACAUGUUCGACGGACUAGAGCUCAACCACGUCACGAGGCGUUUCAACGAGGCGGCCGACGAACUGGCGAAGGUGGCAUCCGGCCGAAAGCCCAUCCCCGACAGCGUCUUCGUCAGUGACCAAUACAAGCCCUCGAUCCGUUACCACGAACCGGGAAGGGUCGGUGACGCGCCACCUGCCCCGGACUUGGGCGCCGACCCAGGAGAGGUCGGCAACGCGCCACCUGUCCCGGACUCGGGCGCCGACCUAGGCAAGGUCGGCAAUGCUCCACUUGUCCUGGACUCGAAGGCCGACCCCUCCGACCCUGAGGUCAUGGAGAUCAAUGUGAACCCAGCAGAGGGGCCUAACCUCCCCCUGACUGGAGAGCGCCGUACCUCGACUACCUUAUCCGCGAGACGCUCCCGGCGAACAAGACGGAGGCAUGUAGGAUUGUGCGCCGUGCCAAAUCCUUCAUCAUCAUUGACCAGGAGCUUAUACAAGCGGAGCCACUCCGGCAUCCUCCAGCGCUACAUCCCGAUCAAGCAGGGAAAGGCGCUGAUUCAGGACAUCUACACCGGAGCCUGCAGCCACCACGCCACGCCAAGAACCCUCGUUGGGAACGCCUUUCGGCAGGGCUUCUACUGGCCGACGGCGGUCGCCGACGCCAGCCACGUGCUAACUCAUCCUGGGGUCUUCGGGCGGGAUGGCUUCAUCCUCUAG